UCGAUGCUUUAGGUGGAAAAAUAGAAACUAUUCAAGAUAUCACAAAUUUAUUAUGGAGAUUACGAAAUGUCUAUACAUGUGUAGAAGUUGGAACAAAAAACAGUUCAAAAACGUGUGAAGGUUACAUUAUAAGAGACAGCUCUGUAUGUGGAGCACGGCGAAAAAGAUGCAUUCCUUGUGCCAAAUACAGAAAAUCAUUUAUUUUAAGAAGACUAAAUAAGCCGACCGUACUUGACAGAUGGAAGGUGAAAAAUAAAAACCUCAGCGGUAAAUGUAAAAACAUUUCACGAAAAAGGUCAAGACUCAUCGAAAAGGUUAGAAAACUGAAAGAGGAGAUAAAAAAUUUAAAAAUGCAAUGUGCUAAAGCAGAUAUACAAGCUAUCGAGACUGCGAUGAUGAAACUCCCAUUAAAUCAGCGUUUGUGUGUGAAGACGUGCUUUGAAGCGGCAAAGGCAAAUGGUAAACAUGGUGUUCGGUACACAACUGAUUGGAUCUACGAAUAUCUGCUACUCCGUAUAAAAAGCAAGAAAGUAUAUAAUCAUUUACGAAGACACAAUCUAAUGGCUCUACCAAGUGCAGACACGUUAAAUAAUUAUAUGAAAACUAUUAAGGGUUGCUAUGGAUUCCAAGAGAGCACAUUUCGAUUACUAAAAGAAAAAAUGUUAAAAAUGGAGCUGUCAGAUGUGCGCGGUGCCUUACUUCUAGAUGAAAUGAAAUUGUCUAAGGCCGUUGCAUUUAAUCCAAGUAACCUGAAAGUGAACGGCUUUACGAAUUUAGGACAGUUUACUGAGAAUAAUAAAAAAAAGAAAAGAGGCGAUCAUGCGUUGGUGUUUAUGUUUCAGCCCUUCAAAGGGAAAUGGGUGCAAGCACUGGGAUGUUUCCUGAGCCUAGGAAGCGCAUCUGGAACGAUUUUAAACAAACUUGUGACAGAAUGUAUCAUUCUCGUUGAAAAUACUGGGUUUAAAAUCGAUGUUGUAUCAUCAGAUGGCGCAUCAUGGAAUCGUAACAUGUGGAAUAAAUUUGGUGUGACAAUUACGCAACCGUAA